AUGGUAACGAUAAAAUUAGAAUUAUGGGAAAAUCCAAACUUUCCACAACUUGAUAUUCUUGAAAAUCAAACGAAUGAAGUAUUAGAAGCCUUCAAUAAAUGCAGAAAACUAGAACUCGAACUUCAUGGGAAUGAUACCGAAAUUAAAAAAUUUAAUAUUUCAAUUAAUACUUUAACUGAAAGAAGAGCUCAAGAAUCUUUUAAACAUUCUUCGUAUUCUAAGAAUGUCGCCAUAUAUAUGGAUGCACUUUCAAAAGAAAGUGAAACUGUAGAAGCAAUUUUAAUAAUUUUAUCAUCUUUAUUAGUCGAAGCGAGAAAUAGACGAGAAAGUACAAAUAGAUUAAGACAAGAUUAUCAAGACUUCCUUGAAAAUUUUAACAAUUAUUAUGUGAUAGAUAAUUUAAAUAAUGAACAAAUCGAAAUUAAAAAUCCAGAAUUUGUCAUACCGAUUUUAUCUUUUUUAUUUAGUACAUUUAUAUUUUAUCUAAAUAUGAAUUGUGAUCCUCUUUCAUCUAAUCAAGAUAACGCAUGCAAUAACAUACCAGAGAUAUUGUGGAGAACGUUGGGUCAUAAUGCAUCAAAGGAUAAGAAAUCACCAAAUGAUGAGGAAAAACAAAAGGAUAAGGAACCACAAAAGGAUAAGAAAUCAUCAAAUGAUGAGAAAAAACAAAAGGAUAAGGAACCACAAAAGGAUAAGAAAUCAAAUGAUGAGAAAGAACAAAAGGAUGAGGGACUACGUGGUGGUAAGAAAUCAUCAAAUUAUGAGGAAAAACAAAAGGAAGAGGAAUUAAAAAAGGAUAAUAACCCACUAAAUAAUGAGAAAGAACUAAAGGAUAGGCAAUCACCAAAGAAUGAGAAAUCACAGAAUGAGAAAAAAAAGGAAGAAAUUACAACUUGGUGUCCUUCGUGGCUUCCCUGGUUGUGCUACUCUAAAGCACCACUAUCAAACACUAUUAGUACUAAUGAUACUAAUAAUCAAACAAAUGGAGGGACAUACACUAAUGAUACUAAUAAUCAAAUAAACGCGAAACCACCAAAUGAUGGGAAAUCACCAAAGAAUGGAGAUCUGAUAAUUUCACAAAUCUCCACAGUUCUGCAUCCCAAAAACUUUCCCGAUGAUAAGGAAUCACAAAAGGAUGAGGAUACACAAAAGGAUAGGGAAUCACAAAAUGGUGAAGAACCACAAAAUGGUAAAGAAUCACAAAAUGGUGGGAAAAUAUCAAAGGAUGAAAUUAACAUUUGGUGUCCUUCAUGGCUUUCCUGGUUGUGUAACUUUGAAGAAUCACUACCAAACACUAUUAGUGCUAAUGAUACUAAUAAUCAAACAAGUGGAGGGACGCACACUAAUGAUACUAAUAAUCAAACAAACGGAGUGACAUUCACUAUCGAUACUAGUAAUAAAAUAAACGGAGGGACGCAUGCUAAUGACACUAGUGACACUAAUAAUCAAACAAAUGGAGGGACAUACACUAAUGAUACUAAUAAUCAAAUAAACGCGAAACCACCAAAUGAUGGGAAAUCACCAAAGAAUGGAGAUCUGAUAAUUUCACAAAUCUCCACAGUUCUGCAUCCCAAAAACUUUCCCGAUGAUAAGGAAUCACAAAAGGAUGAGGAUACACAAAAGGAUAGGGAAUCACAAAAUGGUGAAGAACCACAAAAUGGUAAAGAAUCACAAAAUGGUGGGAAAAUACCAAAGGAUGAAAUUACAACUUGGUGUCCUUCGUGGCUUUCCUGGUUGUGUAACUUUGAAGAAUCACUACCAAACACUAUUAGUGCUAAUGAUACUAAUAAUCAAACAAAUGGAGGGACAUACACUAAUGAUACUAAUAAUCAAACAAGUGGAGGGACGCACACUAAUGACACUAAUAAUCAAACAAAUCAAACAAGUGGAUUUUCUUUAUCGAACCAGAUGAACCCGGUUCACCCCAAUGUCGUUAAUAAUCACACAAAUGAAAUUAAUCAGACGGACCAGAUUCACGUAUCACAAUAUGUGAAUGCCAUUGUUUUCGGUAUCUUGAUAGCUUUAUUAAUGUGGAUUCUUUUGCGUAUAACAAAACCUAAACUAUAUCUCCCGUGGAUGAAGGAUCGUAAACGUAAAUCACAGAGAUUAGAAGAAUUAUCUCAGCAAAAGAAUAACAAAAUCUUUGAAAUUAAAAACAAGCUUCCCGUAAUUAUUACGAAUGUGGAUAUUUUAUAUCAAUUUUGGGAUAAUCAAAUUGAUUGUAUCACAAACAACAGUAAUACUUUAAGAUCAGUUGAUGAAAAAGAAAAAAUUAAGAUUCCAAAAAAAUUAGCCUUGUCAAUUGAAGAAGAUUGGAGAAAUCAAUCUAAUAGUUGUGAGGAAAAUUAUGUGCGCAUGAAACAUCUUGUGACCUUUAAUUUUAUUCUUACCGAAUAAUUUCGUUCAUUUAAAUUUGCGUAUUUUUUGAUAAUCGGUUCUCUAUAUAAUCACAGUUGCUAAAAAUGUGAUUAACAUAAAUAGAUUAUUAUUAUUAUUAUUAUUUUAUAUAUAAAUAUAUUAUUUAUUAUUUGUAUUUAUUAAAUUACAAUAAAGAACAAUAAAACUUGAUAUCC